AUGGUGCAGAUGAAGAGGGCGGCUAGCGGCGGCCGGUGCAGCACCAUGUGCGAAAUCCUGAAAAUGGACGAAGCGACGGAAACGCAGAAAGGAAACUGCUUCCGGGCGCUAGGGGGCGCUGUGGGAAAAUAUAGGCCUGUGCAGAUGGAGUGCUUAUCCCUACUGCCCCGGGUGUGUGAGCUCUUGUCGGCUUCAGGAGUCGGUCUGCCCGAUGACACCAGCCUGGAGAAACUGCUCGACUGGUUCACGCAACUUUCCAACGCUGGCACAUCUCUACUUGAGUCAUUCCCAUGUCUUUUGGAGUUCAUUCCUGCAGUCACUCAGAACAACGCUUCAGACCCUGCCAUCAUUUGUUUCACUAUAAAACUCACUGGUCUACUGGCUGCCACUGUUAAAGGGUUUCACAUACUCCAGGAUCGUUCAAAUCUGACUAAAGUGUUUGAUGUAAAGCAGUGGCAGGAGGCCGGGCUCUGGGAGGAUCCUUCUGUCAGAAGUGGAUGGGUUCACGGCUUGAGGAGCAUGAUGCAGCACCAAGAGGCUCUGAGCUUAUUUCUACAAUCAGAAUUAACGGAGCAUCUUUUACGCCUCCAAACGGACCCAAAACAGGAACAUCCCCAGCAGAAGGCAAGGUUACUGAGGCUCAUUGCUCAGGUCUUGUCCCAGGCUCAUGCUCCUCUGCGGGGGAAGUUAUUUGACGCGGUCUAUGGUCCGCUGGAGGGUAUGGUCACAGCAGCGAACGGCCAACUUACACUGCCGCUGAUGGAGCUCAUUCUAGCUGCAAACAGUCAGUCAUCCCCUGUUGCUAGUCGUCUUCUUUGUGCCAUGUUUGAGGUGGGACAGGCUACAGAGCGGAUUCGAGCUGCAGCAGCUGUCAUACAUCUAGGCUUUUGUGACCCUGUCCAUACACCAAAGGCUGUUAAGAUACUACUUCAACCACUUGUCGCUUUAACCGGACAGCCUGGACUCUGCUCAAAUACAGAGGGUGAAAUCCAAGAGGAGCUUCAAAACAAAACCACCUGCACCUCCAUCAUCUUAACAUGUGUCACACAACUUCAUCAGAUUACACUUCUGCCGGAUCACUUCCUGCCCUGUAAACCUCUUCUGAUAGUCUCUAGCGUGGUGUCUUUAUUACACAUGUCCAUAGGUGGCGCUGUGGCGUCCUCUACGUGUGGUGAGGUCAACCGAUGUAUCAUUGGAAAUGGAAAAAUUCAGAAAAGUGCUCUGGAAGCUCUAGCUGCUGUUUGCGUUUGUUCAGGUGCUUCUGACAAAGUGCAUGAGGUGUUCACGAUUCUCUUGAUGUUUCUAAAUCAUCCAGAUUCUGACCCCACUGUGCUCCACAAGUGUUACCAAGCCGUACUCAAGUGGACCAAAGUUUGUACAAAUCAGUCGUGGAUGUCAGACGAGCUCAGACAAGAUCUACUACGAGUGGUACAGAAGCGCAUUUGUGACCAGCGCUGGGAGACCAGGGACUCUACUGUGGAGUUCUUGGGACAGCAGAGCGCUCUCACCGCCUCUCAGAGCUUGCUGCUGGAGGAGUGCAGUACUCUCCCGCUGCUCAUGGAGGCGCUGCAGGACCAGGAGAGCUAUGUGAGGGCCAGCGCCGUGUCUGCCCUGGCGCAGGUCCUGCACAGAGGCUGGAAGCAGGGGGCCACCGUGUCAGCUCAGCAAACGGACAUAGUGGCCAAACUACAGACCAUUCUCUGUGAGGACACUGAAGGCUUUUCCAGGAGAGCUGUGGUCCAGUUCUUCAUUUCCUGGUACUCCUGCUCCUCGUUCUCUCUCCUGAUGUCUUCUAUUCCCUCCAUCCUCUCCCGGGGAAGCUCUGACCUGGACUGGGAAGUCAAGUGGGACAACAUGGAAGCAGUAGCGCUCUUCUCCUACUCUGCAGCACAGUCGGACGAGGUUAGUUUCAACAAGGGGGAGAUGCUCAAGGUGACCGAUAUGGAGGAUGAUUCAUGGUUCGCAGCAGAGGUCCAGGGCAAGAGAGGAUAUGUGCCCGAGAACUACAUCUCCCUGCUACCACACCCCUGGUUUGCAGGUAGCAUCACACGUAUGGAAGCAGAACAGCGCCUCCGGUGGCAGGACACAGGAGUGUUCCUUAUAAGAGAGAGCGAGUCUGCCCCUGGGGAGUUCUCACUGUCAGUCAGCUAUGGAGAGCGAGUGGAGCAUUUUCGCGUCCUGGAGGGCGGGGGUCAGUACUGCAUUUGGGACGAGUCCUUUUGCUCGCUGAACCGCCUGCUGGACUUCUAUAGGACACACAGCAUCUCCAUGGACAGGCCUGUGUUGCUCAGAGACCCUCCUGCUCAUUUACUGCCCUCUUCUGGACACAAGUCCUACUGCACUCCAAACCUCCGGAAUGCUUCAAACCCUCCAAACCCCUACAGAAGCGGGUCGCAGGAGUCCCUGUGCUCCGUGCGGCCCUCCUCCCGCCUGUCCCACACAGACAGGGCGUCACCACAACCUCUCAAGCCACUAAUGGAGAAAGCGCGCGUGGCCCAUGCCCUCUGUGACUACAGUCCUACGCACAGCGCCUGUCUGCGCUUCCAGAGAGGUGACGUCAUACAGCUGCUGGACUGUUCCAGCCAUCUGACCUGGAGGGGACGCUGCAGAGGCCGAGUGGGCAUCUUUCCUCCUCAGUACGUCCAGCCACUCUACAACUGA